AUGUUUUUUGCAGCUGUAUUAAGCGGAAAGUGGAAUGCAAAUCAACGUCCAUAUCUAACAGGCGGACCUUUAAAUGGAAAUUAUACUCUUUCAAGGAUUGUUUUUUAUUGGGGUAAAAAUUUUAAAUACGGCAGUUUUCACACAAUUGAAAAUAUUAGAAAAGCUCUAGAAAUUCAAGUUAUUUAUAUAAAAAGAAAAUACGUAAAUGUGGAGGAAGCAGCAAAAUAUGAUGAUGGUAUUGUAAUUAUAUCAUAUAUUUUUGAAAUGCGUUUCCAAAUGAAUUUAUCUCUGGAGCCAAUUUUGAUUGCAAUGGAUGAAAUACGCAAGAGUAAUUGUGGUAUACAUAUUAAUGUAUUUAAACUUGAUAAAAUGCUACCACCUUUUAAAAAUGAUUACUUUUUAUAUAAUAGUAAUCAUAAACUUCAGACUGGUGAAAGUUUUAAAAAUGUUACUUGGAUAGUACCACGUGAAACAUUUUGUGUGUCAUUUUACCAAUUAAAAAGAUUUUCUGCUUCAUUAACAAACGAAUUACUUCCAGUUAAGAAAACAUUUUUAUAUUUGCCGAACUGUUUGUUAAAACCAAGCCUUUUUUUGGUGAAUUCCUCUAAAGGAGAGGCACAAAAAACAUGUUUACCUAUGCCGUUUUACAAAGAUGUGGUAAAUAUGCAUAUAACAAUUACAUAA